CAUCUGCAGUUCCCCUCUCUGUUACAGAUGCCGCAGUCUGCUUAGUUUGUGCAAAUGACACGCUGCCCUUAUACCAGUGUGCUCCGCUUUUUGAAAGCACAGCAACAGUGGCCGUCCUGCAACUUUCUACAGAUAUCCUUGAAGGACAUCAUAGAAUCACAGAAUGGUCGACAAGAAGCAUUGUCUCCAUUUUGCAAAUGGGAGAACAAAAAAGCUUGAGAGACGGGCCCCUGUGGGCCCAGCUACAAUCUCUCUUGCGGAUUUAGGGUUUGCUGUCAAUCCUGCGUAAACUGAAAAGCACCCCAGACCAGGAGGUGAGAAUCCUCCUCUUGGGACUGGAUAAUGCAGGCAAGACCACACUCCUGAAACAGUUGGCAUCUGAGGACAUCAGCCACAUCACACCAACACAGGGCUUUAACAUUAAAAGCGUACAGUCUCAAGGCUUCAAGCUGAACGUAUGGGACAUAGGCGGACAGAGGAAGAUCAGGCCGUACUGGAGGAACUAUUUUGAAAACACUGAUAUCCUUAUCUAUGUCAUUGACAGUGCAGAUAGGAAGAGGUUUGAAGAAACGGGUCAG